AUGCACUGCGUCCGCCCCGUCCUCUGCCUCCUGGGGGCUCUGGCUGCCUGUGGCGCUGUCGGCUUUCUCGGCUGCUGUGUGUACUUCGACCGGAAGCGGCGUGGCGACCCCGCGUUCAGGCGGCGCCUGCGGGACAAUAGCAGGGCCCAGCUGCGGAAGGCUGAGGGACGGGGCGCCCAGUUGUGGGAUCCAGCAAAGAAUGAAAAAUUGCAAGAACUUCUGCAAGAGGUACAAACGGGAGAACUUUGGUUAUCCAGAGGAGAGCAUCGAUUGGGAGUUGAACAUCUCAGCAAUGCCCUUGUAGUGUGUGGACAACCACAAGAACUUCUGAAGGUUUUCCAACACACACUCCCUCCUAAGGUAUUUGAGAUGAUUGUGCAUUGA